GAGCAGCGACAGAGGCAUGAGCUGCCUGCCCAUAUAGCAGGGAUCCCACACACCGCAGAGCGAGCUGUUCGCACUGAUGUGUGGGCUGCUCAGCCGGUCAGUUUGUUGACGUAUUUGCUAACUACGACAUUGCUUUGACAUGUCAACUGGCAACCCAGCGUCUGGAUGCCUUGGUGUCAUGCAGGCACCUUCUUUUCAGCCCCUGAGAGAGCAGCUUAGAUCCACUGGCCGGGGUUAAAAAUGAACCACAGCUAAGCUGUUCAAAGGGAUCUGCGCUGCCACCAACAUUAAUCAGCCACUCGAUGGGGAUUAACAGUGGAGCACCUCUUUGUGUCGCCUUUCCACCUCUCUGUAGCAAGAAUAACAACUUCAGCACUUCUUCAAUAAUAAUUAUGAAACUGGUAUUAACUGAAUGGCAAUUAUGGAUUUUUAACUCUAACUCACAGUAAACCAGCAAGCCAUAUGUUGAAAUUUCUACCAAAUAGCUUUUCGUUCUGAAUGUCUCGUAUCUAUACAAGAAGUUGCAAGAUACCUGUUUGUACAAGAGGAAUAUAAGCAUUACUUGCCUGAGGAAAAGAAGCUGAAAGAGAAGACACCCUAACUUGUUUGUGGAGUUAUGGUAGUAUUAUUUAUAUAGAUAAAACAAAUAUAUAUUUUUUUUAUGGUAAUGAAAAUGGCUCCCCAGAAUGCUGACUCGGAAUCUAUGCAAGUUCAAGAUCUACCUGUGGCACAGCUUCAGAAACCAGAAAACAAGGAGAAUGAAAGUAGGGAGGAGACCAUUAGCGAAGGAUCCAUAGACCGAAUACCAAUACGCCUGUGGGUGAUGCAUGGUGCAGUAAUGUUUGGCAGGGAAUUUUGUUAUGCCAUGGAGACAGCUUUGGUAACACCCGUAUUGUUACAAAUUGGUCUUCCUGAACAAUACUACAGCCUCACUUGGUUCCUCAGCCCUAUCCUGGGCUUGAUCUUCACUCCACUUAUAGGUUCGGCUAGUGACCGCUGCACACUGAGCUGGGGCCGCCGGCGGCCUUUUAUCCUUGCUCUCUGCAUCGGUGUCCUCUUUGGAGUUGCACUUUUUCUUAAUGGCUCUGUUAUAGGUCUGGCUAUUGGCGAUGUUCCGGACAAGCAGCCCAUUGGUAUUGUUCUUACGGUGCUUGGUGUUGUGGUGUUGGACUUCUGCGCUGAUGCAACAGAAGGACCAAUUCGGGCAUACUUGUUGGAUGUGGUGGACAGUGAAGAGCAAGACAUGGCCCUUAACAUCCACGCAUUUUCAGCUGGUCUUGGAGGAGCAAUCGGUUAUAUGUUAGGAGGGCUGGACUGGACUCAGACCUUCUUGGGCAGUAUCUUUAAAUCUCAAGAGCAAGUCCUUUUCUUCUUUGCAGCCAUUAUUUUCUCUGUCUCAGUUGCUCUCCACCUUUUUAGCAUUGAAGAAGAGCAAUAUAACCCUCAGCAGGACAGGAUUGAUGAUGAAGGAGACACGCUUUCUAGUGUCAAAUUCAGUGGUAGUCUUCCCCCUCUGAAUCGACUGAAUGUAAUUAGUGAGGAAGAGCCGUAUGGAGCCUCUAUGUUCCACGAUGAGGUUCAGUCAGAGCAUGAUCUCAAUAUGGAGUUCCUUGACGUGAACAUUGUAAGAAGUAAGAGUGACUCGGUUCUGCACAUGCCCGAUGCUACAUUGGAAAUUGAAUCGGAGCUGCUUUUCCUGCAUGACAUCGAACCCUCCAUUUUUCAGGAUGCUUCUUAUCCAAACACACCCCACAACACAAGCCAAGAGAUCAUGAAGUCCAAACUCAACCACCUCUCUGCUUUCCUCAGGGACAAUGAGAAAGAGGAGGAAAUGUUGCUUGAUAAUCGCUUAAAUGGAGAUAAAAUCGCAAGCAUGAAUGGCUCCCUACCAAAAGAGUUCCUCAAUGGACACGCUAGAAUAGGCAUGAAGCAAUCUAGUACUUCAAACUCCAUGCGAAGGCGGAGGCACAUGUUCUACCGGCAGCCAUCCUACACCUUCUCAUACUAUGGCAAAAUCGGCUCUCACCGCUAUCGCUUUCGUCGGGCCAAUGCCAUCGUCCUGAUAAAGUCCUCACGCAGCAUGAAUGAUAUCUACGACAUGCAGAAGCGGCAGCGGCAGAGGUACAGACACAGGAAUCAGAGUGGCACAACGAAUUCAAGUGGAGACACAGAGAGCGAAGAGGGCGAAACUGAAACCACUGUCAGACUCUUGUGGUUGUCGAUGCUAAAGAUGCCAAAGGAGCUGCUGAGACUGUGUGUCUGUCACCUCUUAACUUGGUUUUCAAUUAUUGCUGAAGCUGUUUUCUAUACAGAUUUCAUGGGCCAGGUCAUCUUUCGAGGUGAUCCAAAGGCCCCAUCUAACUCAACUGAGUUGCAUGCUUAUAAUGCUGGAGUUCAGAUGGGAUGCUGGGGACUGGUAAUUUAUGCUGCUACUGCUGCUGUUUGUUCAGCCUUGUUGCAGAAAUACUUGGACAACUAUGACCUUAGUAUAAAAGUUAUCUACAUCCUGGGCACGCUGGGUUUUUCUCUUGGCACUGCAGUGAUGGCUAUGUUCCCCAAUGUGUAUGUCACCAUGAUAAUGAUCAGCACUAUGGGAAUAGUCUCUAUGAGUAUCUCCUACUGCCCCUAUGCGCUUUUGGGACAAUACCAUGAAAUUAAAGAGUACAUUCACCAUAGCCCUGGGAACUCAAAGCGAGGAUUUGGCAUAGACUGCGCUAUUCUGUCAUGUCAGGUUUACAUCUCCCAGAUCCUUGUGGCCUCUGCGCUUGGUGGUGUGGUGGACGCUGUUGGCACUGUCAAAGUCAUUCCUAUGGUGGCUUCAGUGGGAUCUUUCCUGGGUUUUUUGACAGCUACCUUCUUGGUGAUUUACCCCGAAGUCAAUGAAGAGCCAAAAGAAGAACAGAAAGGACUGGGUCCUCCAGAGAAAGCCGAGGGCAAUGGCACAAGUGCAGAAAAGCCGACUGUGCUGAAGCUCACGCGCAAAGGAGCUGCCACAUCGGAGCUGGAGAAUGAGUCAGCCGUGUGAAGCUGUCACUUGUUGUUCACCCACAUUCUAGGGAGGGCAGGUGCAGGAUCAAGAACUCAUUUUUUUUUCCCAGGAAAACAGAUUAGGACCUUCACUAUUUGUAGCUAAAAUUGCAGAAGAAAAGGCAGUUUCGUGCAAAAGUGUAAAUGAAAUUCUGUAGUCCUUAAUAUAGGCUUGAACAGGUAGCUCUGAUGCUGAUUGCUUUCUCUACAACUUAGAAACAUCAUUUCUGAACACUUUUUUAUUAAGAAUACAUUUAGAUUUUGAAUAAGCUUUAUUAAUCUGCAUGAGACUUCCAGUGUAAUCAAUUAGCAGUUAGGAAAAUUAAGUUUUCGGCUGUUUUAAACUAACUGAAAAUGGAAGCUGUCUCGACUUCUAGUCUCUUGCUGGUUUUUGUCUGAACAUUUCAGAUUUCACUGGUGUGAAUCAACCGCUUAGACAUCUUGAUCAAUUCUUUUCAUAAGCAUGACAUUAUUGGUCUGACAGCUGCAGUUCUUUAAAGUUAAUUUUAGACUUAAUUUUUGUUAGUGCAAUUACUACAGAAGAGUUUUAUUUGCAGUUACUUUCAAGGAAAACAGAAGCAAUUCCUGCGGUUUCUGCGAAACUGCCGUGAAUCCUUUUAGUCAAUACUGUUUGACAACCACUCCUAAGUCUGCUGCUUCUCAGGAGAAGGUGACAUUGGGGGCGUGAUGUGAACUGUAGGUGGAAGCAGCAGCAGCUGGGAGAGGUGACCAGCACUCACAGGUUUUUAUCACAAGUGCUGAAUUUGAUGAAUGUCGUUGGAAUACGCUGUGACAAUUUUUUAGCUGGGAGUUUUGCAUGCUGAUGACCUUGCGGGGGGGGGUUCUGGGCAUUUAAACCUGAUCAUCUCUGGAUGAAGCUGUCAUGGGCAUCCCUGGGGACAGCUUCGUGGGAGGGGGCAUGCAGAUUCUCUUUCAUAGGAGAAGGAAGUCGUUGUUUAUUGCACUUUUAAUGAUCCUUUAACCUCCUGGCUGAGAAUGCAGCAGCCAAGGUAAAGGAACAGUGUCAGUACAAGAUAAACCGAAGGCCUACCUCCAUGACUCUGUGGCAUAGUCUGGGUGUAUAAAAAUCUGUCAGAAACAGUUUUUUAGGCCUUAAAAUUCAAUCCACUAGCAUGUGUUGCUGUUCCAGUCCCUGUGUUGGAGGACUUGUAAGCUGGAGCUCUUCCGAGCUGCUGCACCAAUGUCAUCAGCAAAACCUCCAUGCCCCCUUCUUUGAUUCAGGGGCAAAGCUGCAGUGCAAAGACAUUUUUCUGUGAAGAGCUUGAAAGAGCUUGUGUUAAUCUGAUUUAAAAUAGCAUUUGGAUCGCUAGUGAUGUGCCCUGAUCCAUGGGCAGCCAAAGCUCAGAGAUCCAGCAGCCAUUUAAAGAAACUUUAGAAACUGACCUUCCAUUUGUCGUCUUACAAGAAGUGUUUGUGAUGCUAUUUACUCAUAUUUGCAUGGACCUCUGGGCUGCACUCAAUCCAGACAAACUGCAGCUCAUUGUAAGAUUUCUGCUGCCUCAAACUUCUUUCCUGUACUACAGUACUUUAAAAUGCACGUGUAAACCAUGCUGCAAUAGAGUCGUUUGAAAGAAGAAUAUAUAUUUCAAAAUGAAAAGCAGGUUUUAAUCAAUGACUUGAAUUGUCAAUGUCUUUAAGAAAUGUAUGUUUGGGUAUAUUGGAAGUGAACGCGCAGUCUUGGCCAGCGUCAUCGACAAAUUCGUGGUGGCAUCUGUGUGUCUCUUAGCCGAAGGCUUUCAGUCAGUGCCAAUGUGCUGUGCUGUCAAGGGUGACUGUUGUUUCUAGGCUGGUACAAUCGCCGAGCAUUAAUGUAAUCGCACAGGACUUAGGUUUUUUAUUCAAGUGUCUUGACAAAGUCCUUUUUCUUUAAGGUGAACACUUUUUAUUUCAAACACACACUGUGAACUGUGUUCAGACAGGGAAUAAGACUACUGAGGAAUAUGCGAUCUUAUUGAAGAAAUCAGUUCUGAGAAAUACUUUUAACUGAAUUUCUAUCGUGAAAUUUUAUCAUCUCAGUUACAUUUAAUAUAUUCUGGUGGUGUUCCUGUAUAACAGAUGAGUUUUAUUUCACCCCAGAACUGGCAUGCUUGUAAAAUACAGAGUUAGACAUUUUAUAGUGGCUUUAAUAUUUUAUCUUUAAAGCUCCUUGAAGAUUCUGCUUUGAGUUAAAAGAACUCUGUCAAGUACUCCUCAUUUUAAUAUCUAUUUCUGGAAAGGUUUAAAAAUCUGCAUCUUCUGACUGGUGCCAGCCUUGCCCUCUUCUCCAGGAGUUUCACAGAUCGGUGUGGUUUCACUCCCCACAGCACCUUUAAUAGCCAAGCUUUCUUUCACGGCACCAUCAACUGACCAAGGUCUGGCAGCAAAGAGAGAGGAUAAGCUGAAGCUCCCUCUCGCUUCCCAUGCAGCAGAGGGCAUGUGGAACCAUUCUGAGGGGUGAGCCCACACACUUAUUUAGCUUUCUUAGUCAGGGGAAGGGUGAGGAGAGAGGAAGGAUGUUUGGAACGCAGAAGGUUUCAGUCAGAGGCAGGGCAGGUCCAGUUUUGUCCCAGCCAGCUUUUGGCAUAGCCUCAUUACUAAGAAUCGGAUAUUAAAAUCCGUAUUUGGAGUUUGGGCUUUUUAAUUACCAUUUGUAACAUAAGAAUACGCACGCGGCCUUGUAGCAGGAAGCGCUAUUUCACCCUCCUGUAAAGCCGAAGGAAAUAAUUAUUCAUUGUAAACUUGCAGGAGUAUUUGUUGUGUUGCCAGAAGAAUUAACUUGGGGAAGCCCCUGAGCCCCUGCCAAAGUAUCUCCUGUACCUUGGCCAGCCCAUGAAACCACUGUGUUGGCUUCUCCGGGCUUACCGGAGAGGGCUCCUGAGAUCCUUCAUAGGACCACUUCUCCUAGAAUUUGAGUUAAUUCUUCCUAGCCCCAGCACUUCUCAGGGUAGAAUGGGCAAUGAUUUAUUUCUUCAUGUGUCCCUUACCUUAUCUUUUGAUACAGAAAUGAUUAUGGGUUUGGUCACAAUUAAAAGGUAAAUAGUACAAUUUUGUAUGUUCAUUGCAGAAGUUGUAGGAUGAGAGAGUUGAAGGAGUUUUAUUUUAUUCCUGAUGACAAUCAGCAUCAUUUUUUUUGUUGGUGUUACUGUUUAGUCAAACUUGUUGUGCAUACUCCAUCUCUUUGGACCUGUCCUGCAGUAGGCUCAAGGUUUAGUGGUUUCAUUCUGCAUUGCUCUGUACUUUAAGCAGCCUUGACCUAUUCCACUGCAGUCCUGGUGCCACAUGACACCUCGGACACAAGACACCCAUAGUGCUUGGAUUCUUAGCUGUAGUCGCUAAGCUGCACAUGUAGAAAUAUUUCAGAGCAAAGAAGCUGAAACUUCAACUGCUUGGAAAGGCGUAGUGUGGUUAUUGCUAGAGUCCAGUCGGAUCUGCGCUGUUUGUGGAUGGUAAUUUCAGACUCCAGAAGCAAUAAUUCCUUAGGAAUGUUUCUAUUCCUGCUGGUUAGAUGACUUUCACAGAGAUUUAUUACCUAAAUAGCCUUUUAAUAACAUGGAUCUGGUCGUUUGCUAGUGCUGGCAAUAAGCAGUUUUUGAGAAAUGUGAGCUGUUCAUCAUCAGAAGAGAGGAAGCCAGUAAAUCCAGUGGAGGUUAGUGCUCCCUGAAUCACACAAUGUCCUUUUCCCCUUUCACUUGGAGCCAUGAAAUAUUCCCAGCUCGGCAAACUGAAAAGGAGGCAGCUGUGAACUUCACCCUCCUGGUUUCCUUGCCAGUGCCAAUGCAGGCACAUGGACUCCAUGGUGAAACAGGCUUGCAUGAGGUUUUCCACAGAGGCAUGGAAGCAAGGGCUGAGCCUUUCUCACCCCUCUCCUGUCUGAUCUGAAUCACUUGGAAUGACAGCAGCAACAACAGUGAUUAUUGCCAAGUGCCUCAUUAAAACCUCAGUUCCAUCAUUAGAAAUAUAUCCGCUUGCCGUCGGUUUGUGGUGAGCUUGGCCUUCUUCCGACAUCCACCAUUACAGGCAGGACUUUCGUGGCUACUAGCAGGGUCUUGAGGCCAUGCAGGUUGCAGUCAUAUUAACAGAUAAAGGUGGAGAAACACUCAAUUUGCACCUGGGAGUGCGCCUUCCGCAGGCAGAAGAGGAGUUUGGGAGAACUUCCUUCCUAGAGAUGUGUCACGGGGGCCAGCGUUGGUUUUUGGUGGUCGCUCACAUUGUCAGUGAUUCUGCCUAGCCAGGUUGCGUGCCACUCCGUGGCUUAGUCCUCAUGAUGAAUGUGGUGGAGUCACUGAGAGCUGGGGUGUUUUCAGUGUGUGCGUGUCUGUGUGUGUUCAUUUAUAUACACACUGCUUGGGCCAAAAUGUCUUUGGUGGUUGUGUGCUCGUUGUAACUGUUCUCAACAAUGUUUUCAACUGAGUUCUUCCAGGUUUCCCUCAUCCUAGUCUGAUGCCAGACAAGCUCAGCUAUAAAUAUGUAUCCUGUUUAAAUGAACAAUUAAACUCCUGCAUGAUAUUCCAAGCACAUGUAGCAGCUUCGGCAUCUGAAGUAUCUAGUGUGAAAGGAGAAGUUGGGUUUUAUUUGCAGCUGUUUUGUCCUUGUUUCCUUUUCAAUAGGCCAAAUAAAUGUAACGAACACCAAAUGUUGCACAGAAACAUUGUUAAAGAAAUACCAAAUCUUAUUUUUCUUUGCAGAACCUUUAUGGUGACAGAGUCCUUGCUGUUGUUCUUCCUUAAACGACAAAGCAGAACGUUUGUAAAGUGCGUGAAAAAUGGUCAUUUCUUUUUAAAAAAGCGGAGCUACCCAAAAGUUUUCUGUUUCUCAUGUUGCAUCCAGAACAAGCCCUUGGCAGAGGUGAGCCGCAGCGGCUCUAGUGCCAACAGGCCAUUUGGUUUCAAGGCUCAGCAGCACUGUUUGGAAAUGGUGUCAGAUAAGAGAAAAAAGGCUCAGUCACCUUUCCCUAACGGCGCAAUGACUUCUGCCAGGACGGCGAAGUGUGCUCAGUAAGAUGGUCCUGUUUUUCCUUUAAUCACCUCCUGGAAAACCCAUUUGGUUUGGUUCCUCAGCCCAAGCAGCCCUGCGGCUCACCUGUCCCUCAGCCUCACCCUGGGGAACACCGAGGGGUGUACGGAAGGGACACCCGCCCCCAAAAGAGCAUCUGCUAAUAUUAAAAGGCUUUCCAUGCCCUUGUGACCUCCUAAAGCUUUAGUGGAAACCCAGGAUUCGGUUCCAUUUGACAGGCUUUGACACAUUCCUUCUUAAAUAUUGAAGUUGGGAGUGAAGCUCUUGGCACUUGUAGCCAAAUGAGGCAUUUCCUCUGCACUGAUUCAGUCCUCAGCGAUAGCCAAAUUGUAGUAAAUAGCCCCAAAACACCCAGAAAGACACUUCUCUCAACAAAUAAGCAGAUCCCAACACAAAUUUCUUCUUGGAUGUAACAUGAACACUAAGCCCUUUGGUAGCCCAGUGACCAGCGUAUUUCAAAUGCCUCGUAGUCCUCGAAAAGCGGCAUAAAGGCAUCUCAUAGCGGGGGGCACGGGGGGGGAAAAGAGAGAAUAUUUAGUUCCUUUGUGAACUGGCCAUAUGAACAACUACUUUUUUAUCAACUUAUUAAGUUGGGGCACUAUAAUAGCUCUUGCUGAGUUUAGCAAUGUUUGUAAGCAUGUGUUAAACACAUAACGUUAAGUUUUAUGAGGAAAAAGGGAUAAAGAAAAGUAACGUCACAGAUGAAUGUUUGAGUGCGUAGACGGCAUAAUGUAUGUAUGGGUUUUUAUUUCGACACUGUUGAGCUUAUUUUCUGUUUUAAGGUUAAAAAAGAUUUGUUGCAUGAGAACUGUUUUAUUGUGUUCUGCACUUUCUGUUCUUUUUGUAUAAUCUUGAUUUAUUUUUUGUCAUUUAUGCAUAGAAAAGAAAAAUCAAUUUAGAAAUAUUCAACUCCACAAGACAUUGUGUUCCGAUCUGUUGUUCUCAAGUUUGAUCUUAAUAAACAUUUCCUUAA